AUGACAAAAGUGAUGGAGUUGUUGAAUGGUUGUGCAGAGUAUGCAUACACAUUGAAAGUGGACGAGAAAAGCGACGUGUACAGCUUCGGGGUGGUGCUGUUGGAGCUGAUAAUAGGGAGGAAGCCAGUGGGGGAGUUUGGAGAUGGGGUGGACAUCGUUGGAUGGGUGAACAAAACCAGAUUGGAGCUCUCUCAGCCGUCAGAUGCAGCCUUGGUGUUGGCAGUGGUGGACCCAAGGCUUAGUGAGUAUCCACUGACAAGUGUCAUUUACAUGUUCAACAUUGCUAUGAUGUGUGUGAAGGAAAUGGGCCCUGCUAGGCCCACCAUGAGAGAAGUAGUUCAUAUGCUCUCCAAUCCUCCUCACUCCACCACCAACACUCACUCUCACAACCUCAUUAAUCUCUAG